GUUCUCCACCACUCUUGUUGGGGAGCUCAGAGAUAUCGACUACCAGAGGCUACAGACACCAGGACUCCACAGGUACUGCGCCAGCCUUCUCUUCCUGCUAAGCAGCCAGUCUUCUCUUCCUGCUAAGCAGCCAGUCUUCUCUUCCUGCUAAGCAGCCAGUCUCUUCUUCAUCUCAGCAAUGAUCAACUCACAGGUGUUCCUGACAUGUGUCAUCUUCGCUAUUGGUUGGUGGUGCUCGGGGCCCGUGUUGGGCUCCUCCCCAGAGGUAAAAAGUGCUGAGGGUCCCCAUCCCCUCCCUCUGGAACAACACGACCCUACGGAGAGGAAACGUAGCAUCUCAAACCUGCCUGAAGAUGGUGCUCUGGAGACUGCCAGAUCCCAGCCGCUCCUGGAACCUUCCGUCAAUGGCGGGGCGUCACCACUGGAGAUAGAGGAGUUGAACCGCUUGAGGCGUGGCAGCACCACUCCGGCGACCCACAAAUGCUGCUAUAACGAUGAAAUUGACGAAGAGAACCGGACUUACUUGGCCGCGCUGCUGGGUCUGGUAACAUUCAUCGCUUCCCUCGGCAUCGUCCUCCUCAUCCUCAUCUGCGCUCUCUGGAGGGCCGCCCACAACAUGAAGUGCUCAUGCUGCAAGACCGCAAAUGGUUAAGGAGAACAGCCUGACAAUAGAGGAAUUUGUUUAAGACAUCAGUAAGUGAUGUUGAAAGAAUACUUUGGCCUAAAAUAAUUAUUUAUUGCAAUGUUCAACAUUAAACUUUCCACUAAAUGGAAAAGAAUAAUUAAAGCUUUUCCAUGUCAAUUUAAUAUAUAUUCUGGCGUAUCACACAUGCACACACAAAUAUUAUAUAUAUA